AUGUCACGUGCCUCGUCAGGCAUCGGCGAAGCCACGGCCAAGCAUUUCUCCUCUCUCGGCUGCUGGCUCUCCCUGACUGCGCGAAGCACGACGAAUCUGGAGAGAGUAGCCGCGGCUUGCUGCGCACAAGGGCUUCCUAGGGACAAGGUGCUUGUCGUACCCGGUGACGUAGCGGUGGAAGAGGAUGUCGCAAAUGUGGUGCACAAGACAGCGAAGCACUUUGGCAAAAUUGACAUUCUCGUGAACAAUGCUGGAAUUACCGUGGCAGGAUCCAUUGCAAGUGCCUCGAAAGAAGAUUUUAACAGAGCCUGGAAUACCAAUCUCUGCGGUCCGCUCUGCAUGAUCAAAAAUGCCGUGCCCUACUUGCGUCAGACUAAAGGUGCGCUUUGAAUUCCAUUCUACCUGGUGCUCACUGAACGACUCUGUAUCGCUCGCCGUGGACAAGGCGAAGUCCAAGACGCGAAACUUUACAUUAUAGCACUAGCUGUAUACUACCGCUACCUCAGUAUAUUUAUAUAUUUUUUUUCUGGUAAUGGAUACAGUAAUAUAUGCUCUGCAUGGCUGGAAAUACACUGCCUUCAUGGGCGCCACCAAGGCUAAGGGCGCCACAGCCGUCUAACAUAUGGCCAGAGCAUUGUUUCUGGCUGUGGGCGGCCCGUAACGAACACGCAAAGUAGUGAUGUACGGCGUCCAAGUCUGGCAUUGUCCUCUGAGUUAUUAGUGAUUCAUGCUUUUAUAUUUUUUCAAUGUUUCAGGUACCGUCGUGAACAUUUCUACCGUGGGAGCGUUCACUGCAGUGAGUAAAAUAUCAAACAUUAUCGCAGCUAUGUGUAAACUUAAGUGUCCUCGCAUCCGUCGUA